UUAGGUACAACAAUUAGCUGGUAGUAUUUAUCAGGAAUUCGAACGCAUGAUUAACCGUUACGAUGAAGAUGUGGUUAAGAAUCUUAUGCCGCUGCUGGUGAAUGUUUUAGAAUGCCUGGAUGCAUCGUACCGCAUUAACCAGGAGCAAGAUGUUGAAUUGGAGCUGUUGCGCGAGGACAACGAACAACUGGUCACGCAAUACGAACGAGAGAAGAGUGCACGUAAACAAUCCGAGCAGAAGUUGCUAGAAGCCGAAGAUGUGGCUGAACAGGAAAAUAAAGAGCUCGCAAGUCGGCUGGAGUCGUUGGAAAGCAUUGUGCGCAUGCUCGAAUUGAAGCAUAAAAACAGUUUGGAGCAUGCGAGUCGUUUGGAGGAGCGCGAGACCGAAUUGAAGAAGGAGUAUAACAAGCUACACGAGCGCUACACGGAGCUCUUCAAAAACCAUGUUGACUACAUGGAACGCACCAAAAUGCUUAUGGGUUCGACACACUCGCAAAUGAGUUCUGCAUCAGAGCGAUUGGAAGUGAAUAGAGCCAGGUUAAAUCCAAUAGCUCGGUCUUCCGGUCCAGUGUCUUAUGGCUUUGCUUCACUCGAAAACUCAGUCAUGCUGGAUACAGAGACAAUCUGUAGUGUUGGCAGCAACUCAGAUGAUUCCGGGCCGCCGUCAUUGCAAAAUGAGCUAGAUAGCCUGCAGACGGUGGAGCGCGCGGCUGAAACAGACACUCUGCAGCAGCAGAACCAAGCAACAUCACCGCAGAGUGAUACGAGUCCCGUUGUGCCAAAUGCACCAGCCAAUGUUGGGCGUUCAACAACCAAAAAGGAGCAACGCUCUGCUAAUACCCUAUACCAAGAGUUGUCAUUUCAAGACAACGAAGAGAGUGAAGAGCAUGAAGUUGUUACAGGUAUGUGGUCAAACUCUUUAACAUGUAUUCACUUCAUCCGCUUCACUAUGCCGCGUAGCAGUUUUGCCAUACCAUCAGCGGGAAAUAAAAAUAUCAUAAUUUAUGUACAUAUACAUUUUUUCAAGUUGGCUAUUUGAAGAACAUUCAUUAUAGUUUACACAAAAGGCGUGAUUCAACGCUAAAACUAACGCAUUGAAAACCAUACCUUCAUUUCAAAUACUUUUCAAAAUACAAAUAGGAUAUACAUACAUACAGUCAAUUAAUA